UGGGCCGCCGCGUCCGCAUGGCAGUCCCGUUGGCAGUGCCGCAGUCUCAGUUUUUUUUUAAUAAAGUGGGAGUGAUAUCGUUAGUUCUGGAUUUCAGGCAUGAUAUUCUGGCUGCAAACACUUAAGCCGACAAGCUUUCAAUUUAAUUUUCCCGCAAGAUGUCAUCUCUUCGGCUGAGCCAGCAGCAACGAGACCAUUUGACCCUUCUCCAAAGACCUGCCAGCGAUGUUGUGGAGCUGUGCAAGUUAGCCUUUGAUUACUUAAUAAAUGGACCCAAUCCCAGCCGCUACGAAACGAUGGCAAAGAAGUACAUUGAGUCCUGCAGCCCGGAGGCAGUGCAGCGGGCUGUAGAGGCGCUGAUAUCGCUGCUGAUAAGCGUGACCACCCGGGUCAGUGUUAAUACUUCCGCUCAUAUGCAGUCGGUCCUGCGUCAGACAUUCCCCGAACUGUCCAGCGAUGUGCUGGAGGUCCUCGAACAGUUCGUCACGAGCAAGCGGAACUUUGUGGAGGGAUCGAUUAAGUCGGCCAACAUACGUGCCUAUCGCCUGGUCAACUUGAACUGGCGGCUGGAGGUGCGCACUGCCUCGCGUAGUCUGCUGGAUCAGUGCACCGUCUGCAUCGUAAUGAAGCUCUAUCUGCACACCGAACCGAAGAACGAGAAUAGAGAGCUGCUUUCGGUGGACUUGAGCGACCGCAGCGAACAGGAGCUGGCGACCAUGGAGGAGGACGGGAGGAGGCAUCGAAAGGAUGUGAUAGUGCAAACUGAUGUCAGCAGCUUGGUGCACAUGAUCAAAACGCUGGAGGACGCGCUGGCAGAGUCAAAGACACGACGUGUCCGCAACAUCGUUGAUGCCAUCCACUGAUGUCUCCAGAAACCGCCUACUUGCUAAGCUACUUUAGUCUGGACCAAUUUAUUAAAACUAAAACUAACUAUAAAAA